GCCAUGGCGGCGCGCGCUGGGCUGGGCGCGGGGGUCCCGCCGCCGCCGCCCCCCGCGCUGCUCCCCGCGCUGCUCCUCGCGCUGUCGCUGUCGCUGUCGCUGUCGCUGCCGUCGGGGCCGCUCCCGACCGAGCGCGAGGCGCUGCUGGCGGCGGGGCAGCGCCUGGGCUGGCGGAACGUCUCGUGCCCGGCCUGUCGCUUGCUCUUCGGGGCGCUGGACCUGGCGCUGCAGAUGGAGCCCGCCGUGUCGCGCGUGGGGCGCGUGGCGUCGCGGCUGUGCCAGGACCUGCGCCUGGCCCGUGCCGAGAUCUGCCGUCAGGCCGUGCAGCUCUUCCAGCGCGACGUGGUGUCGGCGUGGGCGCGCUCGGUGCUGCGGCCCGGCGAGGCGUGCGGGCUGCUGCUGGGCCGGCGCUGCGGCCGCUGGGACAUCCUGGGCGCCUGGAACGUCACCCUGCCCGACACCCCCAAGCCCCCGGUGCGGCCGCCGCGGCCGCCGCCGCCCGGCGCCCCCACGGCGCGGCUGCUGUUCCUCACCGACCUGCACUGGGACCGGCGCUACACGCCGGGCAGCGACGUCGCCUGCCCCGACCCGCUGUGCUGCCGCGGCCCCGCUCGGCCCGGCCCCGGCGGCGCCGGCUUCUGGGGCGAGUACGGCAAGUGCGACCUGCCGCUGCACACCAUCGAGGGGCUGCUGGCGCAGCUGCCCGGCGCCGGCGCCUUCGCUGCCGCAUACUGGACGGGCGACAUCCCGGCGCACGACGUGUGGCAGCAGAGCCGGCAGGACCAGCUGCUGGCCCUGCGCACCGUCACCGCGCUGCUGCGCCGGCACCUGGGCGACCUGCCCGUCUACCCGGCCGUCGGCAACCACGAGGCCACCCCCGUCAACGCCUUCCCCCCGCCAUACGUGCGGGGCAACCAGUCGGCGGCCUGGCUGUACGACGCCAUGGCACAGGCCUGGCAGGACUGGCUGCCCCCCUCGGCGCUGCAGACCCUCCGGGCCGGCGGCUUCUACACGACAAAGGUCUGGCCGGGGCUGCGCCUCGUCUCGCUCAACAUGAACUUCUGCUCCCAGGCCAACUUCUGGCUCCUGAUCAACGCCACGGACCCGGCCGGGCAGCUGCAGUGGCUCGUGGGGGUCCUGGCGGCCGCUGAGCACGCGGGGGAGAAGGUGCACAUCAUCGGGCACAUCCCGCCGGCGCACUGCCUGCGCAGCUGGAGCUGGAACUACUACCGCAUCGUCAGCAGGUUUGAGGGCACCAUCGCCGCGCAGUUCUUCGGGCACACGCACCUGGACGAGUUUGAGAUGUUCUACGACGAGGAGACGCUGACGCGCCCGGUGUCCGUGGCCUUCGUGGCCCCCAGCGUCACCACCUACAUCAACCUCAACCCCGGGUACCGCGUCUACGAGGUGGACGGCGCCUACCCCGGCAGCUCCCACGCCGUGCUGGACCACGAGACCUUCAUCCUCAACCUGACCGAGGCCAACGCGCCGGGGGCCGCGCCGCGGUGGCAGCGGCUCUACCGCGCCCGCCAGGCCUACGGGCUGCCCGGCGCCUUCCCCGCCGACUGGGACCUGCUCAUCCGCCGCUUCCAGGACGACGAGCGGCUGUUCCAGCGCUUCUGGUUCCUGCUGCACAAGGGGCACCCGCCGCGGCAGCCGUGCCUGGCCGCCUGCAAGGCCGCGCUGCUCUGCGCCCUGCGCACCGGCCGCUCCGCCGACCCCGGCCUGUGCCAGCCCCUGCGCCCGGCGCUGCCCUUCGCCCGCGUCCAGGCGCUGUGGCGGCAGCGGCGGCUCUGCUGAGCCCCGAGCUCAAUAAAGGUGUGACGGACCCCGCGGCCACUGCCGGGCCCGGCCACACGCGCCACCGGCCCUGCGCCUCGCGUGGCCCCGGCAGGGAGGCCCCGGGCUGGUGGAA